CGCAGCCCUCAGCCUCCCCGCCCCCGCCCUUUCACCAUGGCCGCCUCUGUGUGGUGUGGGGAGAAGCUGGCCCUCGGUGUUCUCCUGUAGCGCGCACUGCCUCCCCCUCACCCCUCGGGCCGGAUCCAAAGGAGCCUCGCUCCCCAGCGCUCCGGCCCCGCCAGGAAGCUCCCCUACCCCUACUGCAGGGGCAGGACUCCUCUUCCCCAGCUGCUGAGGCAGACACUAGGGUUGGAAGCCAGAAAGGGCGCCCCGUCUACUCGAGGGGCGGAAGGCUCGCGUGCCCCGCCCGGAGGUGCGGACCUGUCCCCGGCACCCCCGGAGCUGGCGGCCUUCGCUCAGCACUGCCACCCCAGACACAGGACCCCGCGGGCCGCCCACUCCCGCGCCCUCCACAGGAGCGGCCUUUCGGAGACGAGGGCUGGGCGGACAGCGCAGGACCCUGCCCGACCCCGCUCGUGCCUCUGGCCCCGGGCCCCGGCCCCCGGCCCCCGGAGGGGUCGUUUCUAGGACUUCCCGCCCGUCCACCCCCCGGCCUCUUCCCGUGUCUUGGCCGCGGCCAUGGAGUUGCAGAAGGGGAAGGGGGCGGCAGCGGCCGCUGCGGCGGGAGCGGCGGGAGGAGGAGGAGGAGGAGCGGGAGCAGGAGCCCCAGGAGGGGGGAGGCUGCUCCUCUCAACCAGUUUGGAUGCCAAGGAUGAGUUAGAGGAGAGGUUAGAAAGGUGCAUGAGCAUUGUGACAUCGAUGACCGCUGGCAUCUCAGAGAGGGACGCCAAUGACGCCCUCAAUGCUCACGUAUGCAAAGGCCCCCCCCAGCAUGAGGAAAUCUGCCUGGGCCUCUUCACCCUUGUCCUCACUGAACCUGCCCAAGCCCAGAAGUGCUACCGGGACUUGGCUCUGGUGAGUCGUGACGGCAUGAAUAUUGUCCUGAAUAAGAUCAACCAGAUACUCAUGGAGAAGUACCUGAAGUUGCAGGAUACCUGCCGUACUCAGUUGGUGUGGUUGGUACGGGAACUAGUGAAGAGCGGGGUCCUGGGGGCCGAUGGCGUCUGCAUGACGUUCAUGAAGCAGAUUGCCGGUGGCGAUGUUACUGCAAAAAAUAUCUGGUUGGCAGAGAGUGUCCUGGAUAUCUUGACGGAGCAGAGGGAGUGGGUGCUGAAGAGCGGCAUCCUCAUCGCCAUGGCUGUUUACACGUACCUCCGCCUCAUCGUGGACCACCACGGGACCGCCCAGCUCCAGGCCCUGCGCCAGAAGGAGGUGGACUUCUGCCUGUCACUGCUGCGGGAACGGUUCAUGGAAUGUUUGAUGAUUGGCCGGGACCUCGUGAGACUACUUCAGAAUGUUGCUAGGAUACCAGAGUUCGAGCUGCUUUGGAAAGAUAUUAUCCACAACCCUCAGGCCUUAAGUCCCCAGUUCACAGGUAUCCUGCAACUUCUUCAGUCAAGAACAUCCAGAAAAUUCCUAGCAUGUCGUCUAACCCCAGACAUGGAGACUAAGCUCCUCUUCAUGACCUCCCGGGUGCGGUUUGGUCAACAGAAGCGGUACCAGGAUUGGUUCCAGCGCCAGUACCUGUCAACCCCAGACAGUCAGUCUCUGCGCUGUGACCUCAUUCGCUACAUCUGUGGGGUCGUCCACCCGUCCAACGAAGUGCUGAGUUCGGAUAUCUUGCCCCGAUGGGCCAUCAUUGGCUGGCUCCUGACAACAUGCACGUCAAAUGUCGCUGCCUCCAAUGCCAAGCUGGCUUUGUUCUACGACUGGCUGUUCUUCAGCCCGGACAAGGACAGCAUUAUGAACAUAGAACCGGCCAUCCUGGUCAUGCACCACUCCAUGAAGCCGCACCCAGCCAUCACUGCCACACUCCUGGACUUCAUGUGCCGCAUCAUUCCCAACUUCUAUCCACCAUUGGAGGGCCAUGUGCGACAGGGUGUGUUCUCCUCCCUCAACCACAUUGUGGAGAAACGGGUCUUGGCGCAUUUGGCUCCCCUGUUUGACAACCCUAAAUUGGAUAAGGAGCUUCGGGCAAUGCUGAGGGAGAAGUUUCCUGAGUUCUGCAGUUCGCCCAGCCCGCCGGUAGAAGUCAAACUUGAGGAGCCGGUUUCCGUGGAGAUGGACAACCAUAUGUCCGACAAGGAUGAGGGUUGCUAUGACAACGCAGAGGCAGCCUUCAGUGACGAUGAGGAGGACCUGAGCAGCAGAGGGAAGAAGAGAGAGUUCCGCUUCCACCCCAUCAAGGAGACCGUGGUGGAGGAGCCAGUGGACAUCACCCCUUAUCUUGACCAACUGGACGAGUCCCUACGGGACAAAGUGCUCCAGCUGCAGAAGGGGAGUGACACCGAGGCCCAGUGUGAGGUCAUGCAGGAAAUCGUGGACCAAGUCCUGGAGGAAGACUUCGACUCGGAGCAGCUGUCUGUGCUUGCUUCCUGCCUGCAGGAGCUCUUCAAGGCCCACUUUCGAGGGGAGGUGCUGCCUGAGGAGAUCACUGAAGAGUCCCUGGAGGAGUCUGUGGGAAAGCCUCUCUACUUGAUAUUUAGGAACCUGUGUCAGAUGCAGGAAGACAACAGCAGCUUCUCUCUGCUCCUGGAUCUUCUCUCUGAGCUCUACCAGAAACAGCCCAAGAUUGGCUACCACCUGCUGUACUACCUGCGGGCCAGCAAAGCUGCUGCUGGGAAGAUGAACCUGUACGAGUCGUUUGCCCAGGCCACGCAGCUGGGUGAUCUGCACACCUGCUUGAUGAUGGACAUGAAGGCCUGCCAGGAAGACGACGUGCGGCUGCUGUGUCACCUCACGCCCUCCAUCUAUACUGAGUUUCCAGAUGAGACCUUGCGGAGUGGCGAGCUGCUGAACAUGAUCGUGGCCGUUAUUGACUCUGCACAGCUCCAGGAGCUGGUCUGCCACGUGAUGAUGGGGAACCUAGUUAUGUUUCGAAAGGAUUCUGUCCUCAACAUACUCAUCCAGAGCCUGGACUGGGAGACCUUUGAGCAGUACUGUGCCUGGCAGCUCUUCCUGGCCCACAACAUCCCCCUGGAGACCAUAAUCCCCAUCCUGCAACACCUCAAAUACAAAGAGCACCCAGAGGCCCUGUCUUGCCUGCUGCUUCAGCUCCGAAGAGAGAAGCCCAGUGAGGAGAUGGUGAAGAUGGUGCUGAGCAGGCCCUGUCACCCGGACGACCAGUUCACCACCAGCAUCCUGCGGCACUGGUGCAUGAAGCACGACGAGCUGCUGGCCGAGCACAUCAAGUCCCUACUCAUCAAGAACAACAGCCUUCCUCGCAAGAGGCAGAGCCUGAGAAGCUCCAGCAGCAAGCUCGCGCAGCUGACCCUGGAGCAGAUCCUGGAGCACUUGGACAACCUGCGCCUCAACCUGACCAACACUAAGCAGAACUUUUUUAGCCAAACCCCGAUUCUCCAGGCGCUGCAGCACGUGCAGGCAAGCUGCGAUGAGGCCCACAAGAUGAAGUUCAGCGACCUCUUCUCCCUGGCCGAGGAGUACGAGGACUCGUCCACCAAGCCUCCCAAGAGCCGGAGAAAAGCAGCUCUGUCCAGCCCCCGCAGCCGAAAGAAUGCGACGCAGCCCCCCAAUGCCGAGGAAGAGUCGGGCUCCAGCAGUGCCUCGGAGGAAGAAGACACAAAACCGAAGCCUACCAAGCGGAAACGGAAAGGGUCCUCUGCAGUGGGGUCUGACAGUGACUGAGGCCCCUGUGUUCCUCCAUCCCACCCCCCGCCGGACUGCCCUCCCCUCCUUGGUGCAUCAGAGAUUAGUAAGGGCCGGGGAGAUACAGGGGGGAUGCCCUCUCCCUCCGCCUGAGGCUCACCUGGUACCCAAGGCUCUCCUGGCAGGAAGGACGAGCUGCCUCCUUCGGCUCAGCCUGCGAAACUGCCAUGCGGCCCCAGCCCCUGCUCCCUCCCGUCCGGGGGCCUCUAGCCCCCUCACACUGCUGCUCCCACCAACUCAGGUCCCACGGAAGCCAGAGGCUGUGUGAAAUCUGGGCUGGUGCAGGUUCUCAGCCCCUGCCCCUCCCCAGCCCCCCAAAGAGAAGAGAAAUGGCAGACGGGGCUUGCUGGUCAGAGAGGCCAGGAUGGGAGUGAAGACAGUGUAUGGACAGCCCUUCCCGGCUCCCCCAUCUGGCCUUCAUUCGCUCCUAACAGGCAUUUUAUAGUUGCUCUCCGUCCUCCAUGUGCAAUCAAUGGGCAUGUCACCAGUGAUGUCCCCCUGCCUGCCUGUUCCUCCACAUGGGGCAGAUGCCGGAAGGGUUCAGGCAAGGACUGAGGGGAGAGGGAGGCCAGAGCCCCUGGGGCUCCCAGAGACAGCUCCCAGAGACAGCUUCCAUGGAACUGUCAAACGGUCCCAUUUCCUUAGUUCCUUUUUGUUUGGUUUUGGUUUUUGGCAGAGAUAAUCGCUUUUUAAAAGUUUUUAAAUGACAAUAAAACAAGCCAGAACCUCUUUUGUGCUGGAGUUGCUGGCCCAGGUGCUCCUAGUGGGGGGCACCUGACAGUGCUACCGCUCCCUGGUGCCACCCCCCUACCCCAUCCCCACCCCCGUGGCUGGGGAGCUUCCCCUUGUCCCUUCCUGCACACCCCCUGAUCUGGAGGGGCGUUUGGCCACCCCCACCUGCCCAGCCUUCUGCUGCCACUGGGGUUGUGGGCCAGGCACUGACCUGUCCAGGCACCUCUCCAAGUAAAACUCUGUUCCUCCCUACUUCUCUCUCAAGAAACUAGAGGCUUCCAAAAGUGAGUAUUUGUUCAGUUUAGGAGAUCUGUGUGCUUACCAAUUACAGGAGGGUUCACUGGGGGUGAAGUGUGCCCCCAACUCGGAUUCUGAUGGACAAAAGUGGGCCCAGUGGGGAGAAUUCAGAUAGGAAGGAAACUCUUUGUUCCACAGCCGCUUGCCUUGUCCUCUGUGUCCCAGCAGAAAAGAACCCCCUUGGCUGCCCAGGAGGCUGGGCCGCCCGCCAAGCAGGGAGGAGGGAGGUCUGGGCGGGGACAGGGGGCUUGCAGGGUCCAGUGGCUCCUUCCUCAAAGCUGCUAUUCCUUCCUUUAGAAGUCCAAGUCGCAGGAGGCCUCUUCUUCCUCUCCCCUUCCCAUUCCCUCUGCCCCAAUUAAAACCAGGAUGGAAAGCA